CCAGUCGUGCAAGCUCUACUCAGUCAGUUUGGGUUUGAGGCAAAGGCGGGUCGAGGUUGUUGUGUCCGACUUGGCAAGACAGGAAACUUGCCGGACAGCUACUUUCCUCACCUUUAACGCCCCCGGAGAAGUGGAGAAACAGCAGACACAGCGACUGGAUAUGUCUCUCGGACAGUGUACGGCUUCUGCGUCCAACCGUGCUGUGAUCUUUUUCUGAAGCCGUGCGGUUCGUGUGUCGGAUUUAUUCCCUCUUGGACUCAGAAAGUUUGCCUGGACUCGGGGAAGGUUUCAUUCUAUUCCUGGACUGUUGCUGGUUAUUUCUGGACCGGGAAAAGCCUUCAGAGUUGUCGAGGAGGUUCUACGUUUGUGAUAUUUGAACUGUGGACGAAGACGCUAGCAGUGGCUAGCUGGAAGCAAGCCGAGGACCAUGACAUCUGCCCCGAACGUCCUUGCCAAGGCGCUGUAUGACAACAUCCCGGAGACUCCAGACGAGCUGGGGUUCCGUAAAGGCGACAUUGUGACGGUGCUGGAACAGAACACGCAGGGCCUGGAGGGAUGGUGGCUCUGCUCGCUGCACGGGCGCCAGGGCAUCGCCCCCGGCAACCGCAUGAAGCUCCUGGCGGGGAUGUACGACAAGCCGUUCUCUCCGACCCCACAACAACAGCCGCAACAGCCGCUGUACCAGACACCGGCAAAGGCAGCCGGGUACCAAGUGCCUCCCUCUCACCAGUACCAGUCCCCUCCCUCACACCAACCUCUGUACAAGGUGCCCAGCUCAGGGGGUAGCUACUCCACCCCCUCCCCCUUCUCCCCCUACUCCACCCCCUCCCCACAUGCAGUAUACAACGUGCCGACGUCCCACGGCGGGUUCGCCUCCACGUACCAGGUUCCGCCGAGCUCCGCGGGGUACCAGGUGCCGCCGGCAGCGCCGGGAUACGGUUACCCCGGACAGCAGACAAGCCCCGGUUACCAGGUCCUGCCGGGCGCUGUCCGAGAACAGAACUACCAGGUCCCACCCUCCCUACAGAGGCAGAGAAACUCAGCCACUAACAUCAAUACAAACAAGGUGGUGACCCCCAGACGAGUAGGACAGGUGUACCACUACGAGUCACCGACCAAACUGGAGCAGGAGACGUACGACACCCCGCCACAGCGCAGCCAGCAGGCCGCGCUACACGGCAGGCAGCACUCCGGCGGCCCGCAGGAGUUCUACGACACCCUGCCCAAGAGAGACGACGGGCCCAGGAAGCAGAGGCCAGACAUCUACGACAGCCCCUCCAAGAUGUCCAAGCCGCCGUCAGAGACCUAUGACUCGCCGCGAUCCAACAGAUCCAGCAUGGAGAUCCUUGACACGUACGACACGCCAAAGUCUAACCGAUCCAGCAUGGAGAUCCUAGAUGUUUAUGACAUUCCCAAGUCCGACAAGCUGGCGUUCGAGCCGGCUGAAGUGUACGACGUUCCUAAGUCCACGCUGGGCGGUAGUGAACUCGGAAUGACUUACGACACUCCGCCUCGGCUGAAGCGCACCCAGCGACUCCCGAGCGACCUGGAAUACGACGUACCUGACUCUCCGAAGAAGAAAUCUAUGGAUCCAGAAGAGGUGUACGACAAGCCGCCUCCCCCUAAAGAGGCGUAUCCACAAGAUGUUUACGAUAUUCCAAUGAACAACGCCCCUGCUGAGAUUUAUGAUGUACCCAGUAAGGACGCUGGGAUCAAAGUCAUGGCUGUUCCUCCGCAAAAGGCGGGACACACCGAGGAUGACUAUGACGACUACGUGUACGACGUUCCGCCACAGGUGUCGCGAGAUCAGCCAAAUGGCACGACAUUCACGAGCUCCCGGCGCUCACUGGACGAAGUCGACAGCGGUUUCAAUAGGCUAUCGGUGUCCACAACGUCAUCAACGUCAUCAGAGUCUCUCACCAUGAUACCUCCUGGGAAGGAACUGAACCUUGACCUGCACGCUGCCAUGGACCUGUUGGGAAAACUGCAGAGCGAAGUCGACUAUGCGGUGUCACGGUUGCUGAGCUUCGUCAACAAGGACUGGCGCAAGAAGGAGAGCAUGGAGAAGAACGGCGCAGAGGUCAAGACAAACUGCCUGAAGGUCAAGACGGCGUUAGGAGAGUUCAUCGAGUUCGCUCACGGUGCUAUCGCCAACUCCAUGAAGGCUGCCGACCGUAGCCUACACAAGAAGCUGUCGCGGCAUCUCAUGCCUCUUCAGGAUACUCACGACGCUCUCGUCAAGACGAGCAAGGCACUGGAGGCCAACGAGUGGUCGAUGGACUGUAUGGUCAAGAAUCAAAUCACGACGGUGCCGGACGACUUGGACCAGUUUGUGUCGGCGUCUCGCGGUGUGCCAGAAGACGUCAAGCAGCUUGCGUCCUUCAUCCACGGGAAUUCGCUCCUCUUGUUCAAACGCGGCAAGACGGUGGCAGAAAUGGCGAAGAGUGCGCAACAGCAGCAGGGGUCGCCUCCCCUGUCUCCCGACGCAGACAAGCCGGCCCUCAAACCCAAGCCGGUGUGGCUGAAGAGGGAUAGUACGGAUGGGGAAACCUCCCCACCCAUCGCAAACCCCAGCAGGGAAAGCUCAAAGAAAGAAGUCCAAUCUCGCCCCCUCCCCGCGCCUCCCCAAGAGAAGAGCUCAGACAACGACUCCUGCAUUGCGGACACUGAGCUAGAAGAAGAAAACCUGUACGAAAACGACAGCAAAGACUGGAUGGAGGAUUACGACUACGUCCACCUUCAGGAGAAGGAGGCGUUUGAAAGGCAGCAGCGUAAGCUACUGGAACAGCAGAGGGUGGAGAAGGAGAACAUGGAGAAAGACCAAGUCCACCAGUUUGAGAAACUGGAGCAGGAGGUGUCCAGGCCGGUGGAGUCCCACAUGAACAACUGGACGCCCCCUGCAAACCUGGGGCCCACGCACCUUUGCCGCACGGACAAAGAACUCCUCGUCUUCUAUAGCCAACAGAUGAACUCUCACGUGACAACGCUACUGAACGCCAUCGACGCGUUCUUCACGUGCGUGGAGAGAAGCGAGUCGCCCAAGAUUUUUGUUGCACACAGCAAGUUUGUCAUCCUGGCAGCACACAAGCUGGUUUUCGUGGGAGACACUCUAUUCCGUUCCAUCGAACACAAUGACAUUCGCAAUAAGAUCAUGCACUGCAGCAACUUGCUGUGCGACACACUGAAGAUGGUGGUCGGCGCUACGAAAACGGCAGCGCUACAGUACCCGUCGGUCGCGGCCCUGCAGGAUAUGGUAGAUCGCGUGACCGAGAUUUCUCACGCGUCGCAACAAUUGAACAUUACAGUAGGCCAGGCAGCCACCUUAUAACCUAACAUGGCGUAAGCUUGUACAGUACUUACAAAAACAAUGCUCUGUGAAUGGGACAUGUGUCCCAGUUAUUCCCACAAUGAAAAUGGUAUCUACUUACCAAGAAUUUUUGUGAAGGGUAAAAACAUGUACAUAGGAGAUCACGCUUAAACUUAAAAGUUGCAUUGAACAUUUUGUGCUCUAUCUUUGUUUUUGUCAGAAAAGAAAAUUUAUUGAAAGAAAUGUAUGUUUUGUGCAAAGUACUACUUAUGAUAAAGGUUGAUCAUGCAAGUAUAACAACUUUCUAAUUUGGUAAUAAGAAAAAGUAACUUAACUAAUCUAGACUAUUUUUGAGGAAGAAAAAGGUGUGAAAACAGAGUUUGUAUUGGAAAAAAUUCUGCCGGAUUUGUGGUUGCAUUUUGAGAGUUUGAGAUGAGAUGCAAUAUUUGAAAGUUUUUGGCAGUGCCUCGAGGGCAAAGCCAUUUACAGAAACAGGAAUAUUUGAGAGUUAGGCAUAGGGUAAGCCAAGAUUGCAAUGUGAUCCUCAAACGAUUAAUGUUUGUAUAUCAAGUGUACAUAAACCUAACGUGGUUAUGUUGGAGCUUCUCUCUCAUUUUGGUUUUGCUUCACUUCAAGUUUUGCACUUAAAGAAAAAAAAAAGCACAGAAGAACCACAUGGUUUUUAGGUGUCUUGUCAGAAUCACAGAAGUUUACUACGAGCCUUAACACUUGUACAGACGAUCUCUAAAGCACUGUAUGUCAUCUGCUGAGAGAACUUGAAUAUAGAAACAGAAUUCAGCCUCUUGUAGAAUAUCCCACAGAGUGGCUAUCAAUGUAAUCCUGAGGGGUAGGGGGACAAUUCUUCUGACAUUCUCUGAUACAGAUGCAGCCUAAGAGAUUCAAAUGAAGAGAUUCAGAAUUUCUUAGUUAGUUAAACAACUAUUUUACAAACAUGAUGCCCUAAAUUAGUAGGCUGACAUUGGUAGUUGCGAAGUGGGGUCGGUAGCCGUAUAGAGUUUUCACAAUAUUGACUACAAGGACAUUCUCUCCAGAUGUAUAGGACACCGCUAAUCACAGAAUAAUAAACUGUUAAUAUGGA